AUGGAAACUAACGAUGAAUUGUCACAACUGGAAGAAUUACUAUGUGCUGAUUUAGAUGAAAACUAUGAAAAAAAAGAUAAUACACAAAGCAUUAAAGAAGUAAAUAUUUUUGAAAAUGAAUGCCACAAUGAAAAGAAAUUAGAAGAUAAUGUGACUUCAAACACAUCUAUUAUUCAUAAUGGUGACACAGAUUCCUCGGAUGAUGAAGAAAGAAGAAAUUAUAUGGAUAGAAAAUACAACGAUUAUGGUGCUGGAGUGAAAACAAUCCUUGAUAAUAAGGAACAGGAACGUAACGAAAGUAGAUUGAACUUUGAAAUUAGACUACGUCAAGCUAAUAUAGAUUUAAAAGUUGCCUCUAAUAGUUCGUUUUCAAAGAAAUCUGAAGAUAAUUUAGCAAAAAAACCGAAAUACAUUUUCGGAGCUCCCGAAACAAAUAGCAAAUCCUACUCAGAUAUAUACACAGAUCCUGUUUUUGGAAUUCGUAUCUCAAAGCCACUCGUAUCCAGUGCUGUGCUAUUAGAUAGAAUGCAAGGUAGGGAAGCUGUGAAUAUGCUUAGAGUAAAAAGGUAUGUGGAAAAUGAAGACUUGAGUAAAGAUUGGGUAAUAGCUGGUGUAAUAGUUAGGAAAAGCACAUCAAAAAAAUCUCAAAGGGGCAAUCAAUUUAUUAUUUGGACACUUAGUGAUCUCAAAGAUGAUAUGAAAACAGUUUCAAUGUUUCUCUUUCAAAAGGCUUAUAAUGACUUGUGGAAAACCUGUGAGGGCACUGUUGUAGCUAUUUUAAAUCCUAAUGUACUUGAUAGAUCACAAAACAGCAAUGACCAAGCAUGUCUUAGUGUAACUAGCCCUAACCAAGUAAUGAUUCUUGGUCAAUCAAAAGAUUUAGGUAUAUGUAAAAGUAAAAAGAAAAAUGGUGAACCAUGCACAGCAUUUGUAAAUUUAAGUAAAUGUGAACACUGUGUUUAUCAUAUUAAGCAGGAAUAUCAGAAAUUCUCUAGACGUCAAGAGUUACAAUCGUCAACUAUGGGCAAAGGACUUGUUAACCUACAAAACAAAGUACUAGGCAAAAGUACUGUAAUAUAUGGAGGCAAAGCCUAUUCAGCUUUGCCAACAAGCAAUCAUAAAAAAGCUAAAGAUAGAGACCAAAAUAGAUUGAUGUCUCUAAGUGACUACUAUAAAUCGGAUAGUAAUUAUUUAAUGAGUAAUAAAGCCCCAUAUGGUGCAGGACCCUUAAAAGGAAAUUCUGGAAUAUUGCACAGCCCAACAGCACAGAAAAUGACUGAUUCUGUGAGAUUGAAUAACUUAAUGAAUUCUAGUCAAAAUUCCAACAGCACAUUCAACUCAAGUUUAGCCGAAAAAGUUACCAACUCGCCAAAACUAGGAAAAGGCUUUGGACUGCAGGGCACUGGCAUUAUAGAUCUAAAUGUGCCAUAUCGACAGAAAGCCAUAGAGAGAACAAAAUUAAAUGCAAUAAAACUUAUUCAAAGAAGUGGAGGAAUAUCUAAAAUAGAUCCCAAUAACAUCAAAGGUACUGAAGCUGGGAAGAAGAGAGCAUUAGAAAAACUAAAUAAUUCAUGUAGUGAUGAAAAUUCUUGUAAAAAGGCUAAACCAAAUGAAGAAAGCAAUAAAAAACUUAAACCUGCUAUGUCCGAACGAUUUAAAAAGAUUCUUGAAGCAACUUCAGCUCAUCAUAACCUUAUUCAACAACAUGAGGAUGAUGAACAAGAGAAGUACUUCAACAAACUUGAGAAGAAGGAGGCUAUGGAAGAAAAAAUGCUGAACACAUUUAAGUUGGCAUGUAAAGCAGUAAGAUGUACAAAAUGCAAAUAUACUGCCUUCUCUGCUUCACAAAUGUGUAAGGAUGAGAAGCACCCUCUUAAAGUUCUAGAUACAUUUAAAAGGUUCUUCAAGUGUGCCGAUUGUGGUAAUAGGACUGUUUCCUUAGAACUACUUCCAUUACAUGCAUGUAGUAAUUGCAGUGGGUCUCGAUGGGAAAAGGCACCAAUGAUGAGAGAGAAGAAAGUUGCACUCUCUGAUGCUUUAUCUAUUAGAGGGGAAGAAGAAACUUUUAUUGGUGGACAAGUGAGUGCUGGAAAAAAUAUUAACUUAUUGGUCCCUGACAGUUAA